AUGGGAUCUUCUGCUUCGAAGACCGCUUCUUCUACUUCGUCUUCCUCUGCUACGGUGACGAAACUCGCCUCCGAUUUCCCAUCUCCGGCGGUUCAGAGAGCUUUCUCCUUCCCGACGCCGUUGGUACACCAUCCUCCGGCGAGAAAAGGCGACACUCAUCACCUAGUUUCCCUCACAUCUACCUCGUACGGUUCGCUUCUCCUCAUCGAUCUGGAUGGAUCCAAAAACUCUUCCUCCGACCAACAGCAGACGCUACCUCGUAUCUCAAUCGCCGGGAAGAACAACACAUCAGAUCCGGUCUCACGCGACUCGUUCUCUCCUGACUCAGUCAUAAACACAUGGGAGCUUAUGGAUGGCUUAGACGACGAAUUCGAAUUCGAGAUUCCCAAAUCUGGUAAGCUUGAUUUCAGUCUAAAUUCGGGUUUUUGCUUUAAACCCAACUCGAAUCAGAAUGUGGGUCUUAGUGGGUCUUCGUUGAAACUAGACGAAUCUUACGAGUUUGUGAGAAUCGAACAAGACGAAGAAGAUUGGGUCCCUUUGUCUUAUAAACCUAAACAACCUUUGUGGAAACAUUUAUCUGAAGAAUCAUUUCUCUCUGGUUUAGAUCCUAGCAUUGUCUCAUCUUACAAGAAAGCUUUGUCUUCUAAACAAUUAAGUAGUCAUAGUAACAAUGGUGAUACUAAAAACCCUAUCAGAACCACAAAAUCCCUCUCUUGUAUCCCAUCAUCAAAUCCACCUAUGAUCUUAAUCACCGAACCAAAAUCUGUAUGCUCUAGUCCAGUGAGUUCUCAAACGAAACCGAGAUUACCUGGAGGAGAAGAGGACAAGAUUGUGCUCUACUUCACAACUCUCCGAGGUAUUCGAAAGACAUACGAGGAUUGUUGUUGUGUUAGAACGAUAUUGAGAGGGCUUCAAGUCACGGUAGACGAACGUGACAUCUCAAUGGAUUCCAAGUACAGGAAAGAGCUUCAAAGCGAGCUUAGCGCCAUAGAGAAACCGGUUUGUUUGCCUCAAGUGUUUAUUAGAGGAACCCACAUUGGUGGCGUCGAGGCGAUUAUGCAGCUAAACGAUAGCGGUGAAUUAGCAGAGAUGUUGAAAGACUUUCCUGCUUGUGAGAGACUAGGGACUUGCCGGAGCUGUGGGGAUGCAAGGUUUGUGCCAUGUACUAACUGUGAUGGUAGCACUAAAGUGUUUGAAGAAGAAGACGAACGGUUCAAGCGAUGUUCUAAAUGCAAUGAGAAUGGAUUGGUUCGUUGCCGCGAGUGUUGUUUCUAA